UUGCCAAUUUUUGAUCACCAACAAAACAAAAAGCAGAUAUUGAGCGGAUCAUCUCCAGGCUCCUUACAUAUUGUUGCUUUUGACAGGAACGACUGUUCAAAGGGUUGUGGACCUGAAAAGACUGGAGAAGCCCUGGCUAUGGAGACAGUGAAAAACUUUACAAUGAUUGAUUUGUUCUGUCCUGAACAUGCCACCAACUGCAAUGACACAUCCUGUCUGUUGCCUAUUGACGAUUUUAACGAGUCUAUGAGCCUUAUUUUAAGUACUGUGCUGACAAUCCUGUUGGCAUUGGUGAUGUUUUCCAUGGGUUGUAAUGUUGAAGCCAAAAAGCUUUGGGGCCAUAUUAAGAAGCCAUGGGGAAUAUGCGUGGGCUUUCUUUGUCAGUUCGGCAUUAUGCCCCUCACUGCCUUUCUGUUGUCAACAGCCUUUCAAAUACAUCCUGUCCAAGCGGUAGCAGUAUUAAUAAUGGGAUGUUGUCCAGGUGGAACAGGUUCAAACAUUAUGACUUACUGGAUGGAUGGAGACAUGGAUCUUAGCAUAAGUAUGACAACGUGCUCAACAGUACUGGGGAUGGGAAUGAUGCCUCUUUGCCUUUUUAUUUACACUAAAACCUGGGUGGACACAGAUUUCAUCCGGAUCCCUUACGACAGCAUAGGUAUUACUCUUAUAAGCCUUCUAAUUCCUGUUGCUGCUGGGAUUUAUAUGAACUAUAGGUGGCCACAAAAGGCCAAGCUCAUAUUGAAGAUUGGUUCUAUCGCUGGAGCAUUUCUCAUAAUUGCUACAGCUGUGACUGGAGGUCUGCUGUACAAAGGUUCCUGGGCAACAUCACCCUCCCUGUGGAUCAUUGGAACAAUCUAUCCAGCUAUUGGAUAUGCACUCGGAUUUAUUUUGGCUCGUAUUGCUGGCCAGCCUUGGUUCAGAUGUCGUACCGUAGCUUUAGAGACUGGCGCACAGAAUACUCAACUCUGCACAACCAUUGUUCAGCUCUCCUUUUCACCUGACCAGCUUGCGCUCAUGUUCACAUUUCCACUGAUCUACAGUGUUUUUCAACUAGCAUUUGCAGCUAUAAUGAUUGGAUUUUAUCAACUGUACAAACGACAUGCCAAGAGCACCACAGAUGAUUCUUCAGAGUGCGUAAAUGAUGAGGAGAAAGCUAACACAGCUAACGCUUUUACAAAUGGAGGAUUUCACACAGAUGAGAAAUUACCAGAUGAUGUUUUAUCAAAUGACACCCCCCAUUUGAAAGAGAAAUGCCAAAAUGGCAUUUUGAAAGGAGGGCUCUCAACAGAAGAGAAGCUAUCAAAUGAUGUCUUGGACACAAGUACCAACCUAUGAAGAUUUUGAUCAUCGUUGAUCAUGUUCUUGUUGUCGAGGCCAUUUGGGAUUUACCUUUAUCAAUGUUAAUGGCAGUGUUUUAUUUUCGAAAGAACUUAAAACUAAACCUGAACACACUAAUCAUGGAUUAUUCAUACCAUGUCCUCUUCUAUGCAAGUUCCCUUUCCAAUAUUGCAUCCAAGAGGGAAAAAUAGAGCUGGAAUUACCCCCCACUGCCCUUCCCUACCUCCACCACCAAAAGCAGUAGUUCUCAAACUGUGGUGUGACCCAAACAAUUGUAUGCAGCAAAAGGGUCCCAAUUCCUAAACUAUUGCCAUUCCCGAUCAGUCAUGUCUGACCACUUCCAUUAUUUUCAGUGCAUUAGUAUAACAGCAUAAAAGACAGAAAGAAGUCAGUCAAUCAAGUAAAAAUGAGAGUGAGCUUGAAACAGAAAGGAAAGCAGAUGAUAGGGAAAAGAUAAGUGAAGAAUAGUGGCUGCCAUCUUUACAGAUAUCAGUAUCCUGAAAAUGUGUGUGUGUGUUUUAAGACACUAGAAAUGAUUCUGCAGGACACUGCCAAAAACAUGUUCGAGAAUCAUUCAUUAAAGUUAUGAAGACGAAUGCAGUUCCAUUGGCAAUACUUUACCAGAUAGCAGCAGAUGUUUGUAACUGCCUGCUACCUUUUAUAUGUAUUUUCAAAAAUUAUGCACAGAUAUGAAAAGUUAUAACUUACCAAAUUUUUGCACAUUUAUUAUUAUGAAAACAAUGCCCUAUAAUGCCAUUACAUGAUCAUUUCUUGCACUGUAAUUUCUGCAUGUUGGACCAAAUGAUGGAGAAAGGAAAUAAAAAAGUGCUU